UUUGUAUUUAGCUCAUUAGCAAUUCUCGAUUAAAUCCCAACGUACACGUAUACAUAUUAUCUUCGCUCAAACAAAAGAUGGCAACUAACUAUUAUAACAUCGACGCUGUAAACGUCAUAUUGAUCGAAAUCUUAGAAGACAUUGUUGUCAACAUUAUGGAUGGCACUUACGCUGACGAAACAGACGAAUAUCUCGUGGGUUUAGUUACCCUUCUUCUGUCUGCCAUUGAUUCGGGCGCUACUACUGCGAGUGGCGACGAUCAGACCCCGGAGUCGGAGCCUGGAGGACAAAAUCCGAUUCUUGGAGGCGCAGAUGGACAGGAGUUCGACGAAGACGCCGAGGAGUCCGUCUCCUUGCACAGUGAUGGAUUGCCGAGCGGCGAUGCGCUGUCAUCUGCAGCAGAGUCGGAGCUUGCUCCGAUCCCAGAGGCAGCACCGCUCGGCAACAACAACACUGUCCAGGAAGACGACAAUUCGAAAAUUUCGGAAGCAGAAGAGGACCAUUCCGUUUUUUUGGCGAGCAGCUGUACGUCGUCGUGUGGGGACGCGCCGUCCUCGGAGUCGGGGCCUGUCGAUCCCACUCCGACUCCUGAGGGCGGACCGCUCGACGACGUUUUGCGUACAGAAGACGUGUUGGAUGAGAAAAUUGAGCCGGCCAGGGGUAUAGUUGUAAAAAAUAGUCUUGGUGAGCUGGUCGGUUGGCUGGACCCGGCGGCAGCACCCGGAAAAAUCGAUCCACCUCGUACGAGGUGGAAAAGCGUGAGACGCUUUUUCCGGGCUCUGUGCUGCUGCCGAUGAGAACCCGUCCGCAGCUCACCCCUUGGCCGUUGACGACGGGCAGGAUGACGGCGACACAGAGGAGGGGAGGAUGUGAGAAAGAGCACGGACGGUGCGCGGCGGUAAGUCACCCACGCACGUUCUCCGGUCACCCGCGGCGCGACGGGUUGUUCGCGGGCGUAGCGCGCUCGGUCGUCUUUGACGCGCGAGACCCUCUGGCGGCUCGGCGAGCGCCCGGCUGCAGUUACGGUCACGUGGAGCGGCGGCGGCGACGGACGACGGCGGCGACGGACGACGGCGACGACACGGCGGCUAGAAGUAGAGGUACCGGCGCGGGCAACGAUUCCGCCCCGACGGUACACCGACGAUGACGACGGCGAUGGCGACUCGGCAGCGGCGGAGACCUUGGCACGGGGUGAGUGGUGUGGAGAUUUGCGUGCUAGGAACACGGGGACGUCAGCGUCGCCGCGGAUCCGAGGAAACUCAACGGUUUCAGGGUCUGGCGGCGCGCGACUUCACCACCGCGGCGGCGGAACAAAGAAGCGGCCGAAGGGACGACGCCAGGGCGAAAAUUACCGAGAGUUGAGGAUCGCGCUGCGGUCCGCUGCGUCUCGCCUUUUCGCCCCGCGGUAAUCCCACAUUGGCCGCUUCGCUCGUCCCCGCCGGUUCCGCAGCACAAAAUCUCGAUUCGCUCGCUCCGUGGCUUGGCCUUCGCCGUCCGUCGGCAGAGUCGUCGCGCCAUCGACCGUCAACGCGCACAACAUCGCGCACUAUAGCCGCCGUUCGUCGCCGACAUCCGUGGUCGCUCCGCGGCCGUAUCGGUUUGGCCUCGCCGGCUGGGCAAGGUCGUCAAGCGUCCGAGCAAACGCGCCCGCGACAUACUCGGCAACCCGCGGGACAGGUCGUGAGAACGUGCAGAGGUGACCAGUGGCCAAUAACAUUGCAUAAUAUAUCCGCACCAAAAUUCGCCAUCUUGCAUCCUCUCCCCCUUGUUGAUUGUGUCCUGACCUCCUGCCCGACGUAUUUUUUAUUUUUUUUUUUCCUUUUAAUUCUUAAAAUUAUUUCAAAUUGUCUAAUUGUUCAUAUUAUAUUGUAAAUUUCGAUUUUUUUUUUUUAUUCUCGGCCCUUUUUUAAUAUAUUAUUGAUGCCAAUGUGCUAAUUUUUUUCAACCAAAAUAUAUCUGUUUUAAAAAAUAUUGUUUAUACAUUUUUGUAUUAUUUUUUGUUUAAGUUAUUAAUAAAUAAAUUUUGUGAAAACAAAAAAAUAUUGUUUCUUUUUUUUCGUUUUGUAGAGUGUAUAUGGUAUAUCUAAUCAUUUGUUACAGAUUUAACGACUAAAAAAUCGUUAGAAUAUAUAACUUAAAUAAAAAAAUUCGUUAGUUAAUUAUACAAAAUAAACGUAGUAUAAACGUUACACGGAUAUUAUAACAUGUACCAAGAAAUAUUUAAGCCAUCAAACACUAAAGGCGACGAAAACUAUUGAAUAAAUCAUAAAAUAACGCAUUACACCGCGGCGGGAACGACAUGGACAGUUGUAUAAACUAUACUAUACGAGGGUUCUAAAUAACAAUAUGUAUUUAAUAGUAUAUAGUUAAUACAAAAUAGUUUUAAAAAAGGUGGAUAAGUGGAUGUCGCUCUGCUGUACAGUAGGUUACAAGUGGGUCACUGUAAUGGAUGGUGUUAAAUUCGAAUUUUUUUAAAUAUGUUUCAGGUGAAUAGCAUUAACUUAAUGCAAAUGUAAAUUCAAAUUCAAUCAACAUUUUUAUUAUUUUUUUUUUUUUUUAAUAAACACUUUUUUGUACUAAUGUUUAAUAUCCUGUACCCAAUAUUAAUAUAAAUAUAAAAAUUAAAUUAAAAACCAUUUUUAGUAAAUUUUAUACUAUAAUUUUUGGCAUUUUAUAUUCCUUUUUUUUUGCAUUUUAAGUGCAUAUUUUAUUGCAUAUUUUUGACAUUUUUAAUGCAUUUUUUAAGGUUUUUUAGUGCAUUAAAUUCACAGCCCUAGUAAUAGUAAUAAUAGCAAUAGGUAAUCUACUGGUUACUGGCUACUGUAUACCACGUACGACGUUAAUAAUAAAUUAAUAAGUAAUAUUAACUAAGAAGCCAUCAUUAUAUUCUAUUGAACUUUUGAACUGGUAAAUAAUAUAAUAAUAUUAAAUAUAAAAUCAAAAAUGUCAAGGCCACGAGACAAGUUCCGAAAAUAUUUAUCUGGUAGUGAAAAAUUAAAAAAAAAAAAAUACAAAUUGAAGAAAACAUAAACUCCAUUCGUGGUUCGUUAGUAAAGUUUUUGAAUAAACCGAAAAUUUUAUCCGAUGAUUCCGAUGUUACGACACAAUUACAUGUAAGUAGUACUUAUAAAUUUAUAAUAACACUACCUAGUAUAUUUAUAUUUUAUACAUUUAAUUGGUUUUUACUACCUACCAAUAUUAGCUGAAUACUAUGCCCGUAACUUCAGCAGAACGAUCGUUUUCAAAGCUGAAAUUAAUAAAAAAACUAUCUCCGAAAUCGCUGACCAAUUAAAAUAUGAUAUUAUUGAUCAAUUUGCGGAUAUAAAGAGCAGAAAAGUUAAUUUUUAAUAUAUUUUAAUAUUGUACCUAUUGCUAUUUUUUAUAUUUGUUGUCUUAUUUUGUCAAUAUUUUUUUGAUAAUUUUUAUUUAUUACAUUAAGUUUGAUUAUAUGACAUGGUGCGUUAUUAGUUAAUUUACUUAUUCGUGUUGUUGUAGGUGCAAGGUACUAUAUUUGUUAAGAUAUUUGCGCACAUUUGAGUUUCAAAUUUGGGGAGUAUAGCUCCCAUAUGCGAUAUGCAUCUGACGUGCGAUAAUGACAUUUUAGGCAUUUUAGGCCCCGCCAUUUUACUCUGCCCCGGGCCCCGCAAAUCGUUGGGACGGCCCUGUUUGGUAAUAAUAUAAUAGCUCUACACUACGUUGUCGUUUAAGACCGUGCAUUGACUGUUCGAGAAUGGAUUAUUCCAUACCUACAAGUUGCCACAUUAGAUAUGGCUAUUGUGGGUACCUGUAAGGGGUGAAUGUAAAUUCCUACGCGAUAUAAUAAGGUAGGUACAUAAUAUGCAAGUUCCUACACUGCAAUGUAUGUCUUCGAUAGUUAUUAAAAUAAUAUACUACAUUUUAUAUAAAACUAGCUGAACCCACGCACUGCGUUGCCCGUAAAAAAUUACAACUCUUAAAAAAAUUGUGAUUUUUCAACUGCUUUUGAGUGUAACUCGCUACAGUAAGUGCAACUCAGUCACCCUGGUAGGCAAUGUGCGAAAAUUCUAUUUGACGCACGCCUGGACAAAUUAAUUGGGUGACCAAAAAUAAGAAAAAUAAAUAUAUUAUGUAAGUGUACAAUAGACAUUCCGUACACGGGUAUCUACAAGUGAGUUAUUGUUAUUCGGGCCCCGAGGAUCCUCCCUUUGCGGCCGACAACCGUUCAUUCGUGCACAGUCUUCGACAUUGAG